AUGCUGGGCUGGAGGACGGAGGAGAAGAGAAGAUGGAAGGUCAAGCAAACUCCUCACCUGCCUGGGUAUCUCUGUGACCCCGGUCAGGCCACCAAGUACCUCUACGAGCUCCUCUACAACGACCCCAUCAAGAUCAUCCUCAUGCCCGGUUGUAGCAGCGUCUCCACGCUGGUGGCCGAGGCCGCUCGGAUGUGGAACCUCAUCGUGCUCUCCUACGGCUCCAGCUCCCCCGCCCUCUCCAACCGCCAGCGCUUCCCCACCUUCUUCCGCACCCACCCCUCGGCCACCCUGCACAACCCCACCCGCGUCCAGCUCUUCAAGAAGUGGGGCUGGACCAAGAUCGCCACCAUCCAGCAGACCACGGAGGUCUUCACCUCGACCCUCGAUGACCUGGACCAGCGGGUGAAGGAAGCCGGUUUGGAGAUCACCUUCCGCCAGAGCUUCUUCUCCGACCCCGCCGCCCCCGUGCGCAACCUCAAGCGCCAGGACGCCCGUAUCAUUGUGGGGCUCUUCUACGAGACGGAGGCGCGUAAGGUCUUCUGCGAGGUUUACAAGGAGAAGCUGUAUGGGAAGAAGUAUGUCUGGUUCCUCAUCGGUUGGUACGCCGACAACUGGUUCCGCAUCAAGGAUCCGGCCAUCAACUGCACCGAGGCAGAGAUGGCCGAGGCCGUGGAAGGACACGUCACCACCGAGAUCGUCAUGCUCAACCCUGAGAACACCCGCAGCAUCUCCAACAUGACAUCCCAGGAGUUCAUUGAGAAGCUGCAGAAGAGGCUGGGCAAGAAUCCCGAGGAGACAGGCGGCUUCCAGGAGGCUCCACUGGCCUACGAUGCCAUCUGGGCGCUGGCCCUGGCCCUCAACAAGACCUCGGCGGAGCUGGUGAAGAAGGGAUUGCGCCUAGAGGACUUCAACUAUAACAACAAGAACAUCACCGAUGAGAUCUACCGGGCCCUCAACUCCUCCGCCUUCGAGGGCGUCUCGGGACACGUUGUCUUCGACGCCAGCGGCUCCCGCAUGGCCUGGACGCUCAUCGAGCAGCUGCAAGGAGGUGUCUACAAGAAGAUCGGCUACUACGACAGCACCAAGGACAACCUGUCCUGGUACAACAACGACAAGUGGAUUGGAGGUGCCCCUCCAGCCGACUACACCAAGGUCAUCACCACCUUCCGAUUCCUGUCCCAGAAGCUCUUCAUCUCCGUCUCGGUGCUGGCCUCGUUGGGCAUCCUCCUGGCCAUCAUCUGCCUGGCCUUCAACAUCUACAAUGGGCAUGUCCGGUACAUCCAGAACUCGCAGCCGUACCUGAACAACAUGACGGCUGUGGGCUGCACGCUGGCGCUCGCUGCCGUCUUCCCCCUGGGACUUGACGGGUACCACAUCGGGCCGGGGCUUUUCCCUUUCGUCUGUCAGGCCCGGCUGUGGCUCCUUGGGCUGGGGUUCAGCCUGGCGUACGGCAGCAUGUUCACCAAGAUCUGGUGGGUCCACACCGUCUUCACCAAGAAGGAGGAGAAGAAGGAGAAGAGGAAGACCCUGGAACCUUGGAAGCUGUAUGCCACCGUGGGGCUGCUUGUGGGGCUGGACGUGGUCACACUGAUCAUCUGGCAAAUCGUGGACCCCCUGCACCGCACCAUUGAGGAGUUCACCAAGGAGGAGCCCAAGACGGACAUGGACGUCUCCAUCCUGCCCCAGCUGGAGCAUUGCAGCUCCACCAAGAUGAACACGUGGCUCGGGAUAUUUUACGGCUUCAAGGGGUUGUUGCUGCUGUUGGGAAUCUUCCUGGCGUACGAGACCAAGAGUGUGUCCACGGAGAAGAUCAACGACCACCGAGCGGUGGGCAUGGCCAUCUACAACGUGGCGGUCCUCUGCCUCAUCACGGCGCCCGUCACCAUGAUUCUCAGCAGCCAACAAGACGCGGCCUUCGCCUUCGCUUCGUUGGCCGUCGUCUUCUCCUCCUACAUCACCUUGGUCGUCCUCUUCGUCCCCAAGAUGCGACGCCUCAUCACCCGAGGCGAGUGGCAGUCGGAGCAGCAGGACACCAUGAAGACGGGCUCGUCCACCAACAACAACGAGGAGGAGAAAUCCCGACUGUUGGAGAAGGAGAACCGGGAGCUGGAGAAAAUCAUCGCUGAGAAGGAGGAACGCGUAUCGGAGCUCCGCCAGCAGCUCCAGGACCGCCAACAGCUCCGCUCCCGCCGACGGUCGUCCAACCCUUCCCGUGAGGCUGACAACCAUUUUUCCCCGGGGUUGAGCGCCGCUCCGGCCCCCCCGGCCCCCUUCUACCAGCCCAACCUCCCCCUGGUCCGCUGCCUGGUCUCGGAACAAGCCGACAAGCUCGGACGGGGCAACUGCGACGGUAGCCGCGUCCACCUCCUCUAUAAGUGACCCCGUGAGGGGCGGA